AUGAGUACCCUGUGUCGGCUCAUCCAGAGGGGGCUUCAGUGCGGGGGGCGGUCGUGUCGUUUCCUCCCCGGGAUCCGUGCUCUUAGCUCGGUCAGUGCGGUGAACUUAACCUAUGACGUGUUCGAUGGGAAGAAUGAUGGCACUCCUCUGGUGUUUCUUCACGGCCUUUUCGGAAGCAAAUCCAACUUCCACUCCAUCGCCAAGUCCCUGGUGCAGCGGACGGGUCGAAAGGUGGUGACGGUUGAUGCCCGUAACCAUGGCAGCAGUCCCCACAGCCCGGAGCUCACGUACGAGGCCAUGAGUGCGGACCUGAAGCAGCUCCUGUCCCAGCUGAAGAUCGACCGCUGCGUCCUCAUCGGUCACAGCAUGGGAGGGAAGACCGCCAUGGCCACUGCCCUGACGCAGUCUAGUUUAGUGGAGCAGCUUGUGGUGGUGGACAUCAGCCCGUCUCAGAGCGCCACUCGCACAAACUUCAGGUUCUACAUCCAGGCCAUGCAGAACGUGAAGAUCUCCUCAGAUAUUCCCCGCUCCACCGCCCGCAGGAUGGCCGAGGACCAGCUGCGCAGCUCCGUCAAGGAACACUCGGUGCGUCAGUUUCUUCUCACAAACCUGAUCGAGCUGAACGGACACUACGCCUGGAGAGUGAACUUAGACGCCAUCUCCGCUCACCUGGAAACCCUGCUCAGUUUCCCUCUGUUCGAGACACCGUACCAGGGGCCCACGCUGUUCCUGGGAGGAGCCAGCUCUGCCUACAUCAGCUCUGACGAUUACCCCGAGAUCGAGCGGCUCUUUCCCCUCGCGGACAUCCAGUACAUCCCAGACGCCAGCCACUGGAUCCACGCCGACAAACCCCUGGACUUCAUCAGCUCCAUCGUCUCCUUCCUACACUCAAAAUAA